AUGCCAAGAACAAAGCGAUGUGCCAUGAGAGGUCGGGCACGAGAACAAUAUGAAGAGAAACGAAAGAGAAAACAGAUGGACCAAGAGACCAAGAAGGAAGCUGAAGAAGAAGAAAUGAACAACCAGCAGUUAGAAGAAAACUCAACAACGGAGAGUUCAAAGAAAAAGAGAAAAACAAACCAGACAGCCACCAAUUCGGAAUUAAAAACAGAGGAUGAUAGUGAGGUGUUGCGAGUUGGAGAGAAGGCUCCAGAUUUUGAAGCUCCCGAUCAAAAUAACAAUAGAAUCAAGUUGUCUGAUAUUAAAAAGAUGGUGGUCUUGUUUUUCUAUCCCAGGGACAACACUCCGGACAAGGACAUGAAUAUUGUUAGAAUCUAUGCCAGUGUAAAGCCAGAACAGCAUGCCAAACAAGUUUUGCAAGAUUUAUCAGAGGAAGAACAAUCUAAAGAAUAA